AUGGCGGAUUUCAUAGACGAUGAAGACGGGCCUCCAGAGCUGAUCGAUGCGUCAGCGCUGCCCGAUUCAGAGAAGCUCGAUGUCUCCAAGACCCCGUCGACAACAUUAGACACGCCGGCGCAGGAUCGUGUACCUAUCACGCUGGUGACUGGAUAUCUUGGCGCGGGAAAGACGACUCUGCUGAAUUACAUUCUAAGUGAAAAGCAUGGCAAGAAGAUUGCCGUGAUCAUGAAUGCCACGGACAUCGAGAAGCCUUUGACGGUCAAUCAAGAUGGCAAGGAAGUUACCGAGUGGAUGGAGGUCGGAAACGGCUGCAUCUGCUGCUCCGUCAAAGAUUCCGGUGUCAUGGCCAUCGAAUCGCUCAUGGAACGCCGGGGCACCUUCGACUACAUCCUCCUCGAAACGACCGGCCUAGCAGACCCCGGCAACAUCGCGCCAGUCUUCUGGGUAGACGACAACCUGGGCAGCUCCAUCUACCUCGACGGUAUCGUCACGCUGGUCGACGCAAAGAACAUCCUGCGGCUUCUGGACGAACCCACCCCGGAGGAAACAGCAUCGACUCACGCGGAGGGCGACCAGCACGCGCACGAAGGGCCCGUGCUCUCCAUGGCGCACAUGCAGAUCUCGCACGCGGACGUCAUCAUUCUCAACAAGGCCGACCUCGUCACCGCGGCCGAGCUCGAGCGGGUCCGCGACAGGAUCCUCGCCAUCAACAACGUGGCCAAGAUCCACGUCACGGAUCACAGCAGGACGCCGCAGAUCGAGGGCGUCGUGCUGGAUCUCCAUGCAUAUGACCAUCUGGAUAGCCUGGAUUUUGGCGCCAAGGGACACAGCCAUAUCGACCCAGCCAUCUCAACCAUCGCCAUCGUAACACCCCCAAUCUCCCCCGAAAAGAUCCCCUGGAUCGACACCUGGCUGCAGUCCGUCCUGUGGGAAUCCAAGAUCCCCACCGUGCAAGGCACACCGACCCCGGGACCAGAGGACUUCGAAAUCCACCGCCUCAAGGGCAUCCUCGUCCUGCAAGACGGGUCCUGCAGGAUCAUCCAGGCCGUGCGGGACGUCUUCGAGAUCCGGGACUCGGAGCCAAGACAGGAUGGCAGCGGUGAGUGCAAGAUCGUCCUCAUUGGUCGUGGCCUGGGGCAGGAUGCGCGGCCGUGGCAGGCGAAUUUCGAGGCGUAUCUCGCGAUGGAGGAAUAG